GGCGGAUAUGUUCACGGCAAGGAAAGUUAUUACGUUCUUGGUUCUCCUUCUGCAUGUAGCACAGCAAGUCCAGCCGAGUGCAGCAUGUCCCAAACAGUGUAAAUGCACCAAUACGAAUGUGAUCUGCAGCUCCCGCGGGUUAACAUCAGUGCCCGAUGGAAUUCCACCGAACACAACUAUCCUUGAUCUCAGCGGCAAUACGUUCUUGAUACUCGAUACGGCGUUUAACUUAACUGAGUUGCAGCUACUGAAUCUUGACAAAUGUGGCAUCAAAGAACUUCUGCCUAAUCUCUUCAAAGGCCUAGCAAAUCUGCGGGCGCUUUAUCUCGAGGGGAAUCGAAUCGAAACUUUGAAAAGAGACACUUUCUCGGGCAUUACGUUCGUUCAUGUAAGAGGUAGUGUCGGGUGCUUGGGAUAUCGAAAAGGAUGCAUGUUGGACCUCCGAAAGAAUCCUAUCGGGUCAAUAAAUACAGGAGCAUUUCGGUCGACCCUACGCCCUUCGAUUAUCUUGGGAGGUGAGCCGAAUUCAACACUAACAAUAGAAAAUCGCGCUUUUGAGUCUUUGAAAGAAGCUUCCAUCGUGAUAGAGAAUGUUGCCGAUCUUGUCUUCAAAGCCUUUGCAUUUGAUGGAUGUUCUGAACCCCACUUGAUUAGGAUCCUUAACUCUGGCAUGGCCAUGCUGUAUAACUUCGCCUUCAGUGGCAUAGACCGAAUAGAGGAGUUUGAGAUAAGAAACUGUACAAUUGGUGAAUUUCCCAACGGAUUAUUUCACAAAACCUCAUUUCACGGCGAAUUGAACAGACUUUCUAUCCUUUGGUCGAAUAUCAUGACUGAAAUUCCCUACAUGGCGUUUUAUGGGAUCGGUGUUCGAAGUAUAAGCAUAGCCUACAACACAAUGCCUGCAUUUGGUAACUUUGUCUUCUUUGGGAUGAAGUUUUAUAGUCUGGAGAUUGCACAUACUCACCAGGAGUCUUUGCGAAUGGAAUUAAAUGGAAUCAAGGGAGCAUCGGGUGGUGUCUCCAUCCGUAACAACAGUUUUAGUGGCAUCGAUAAGACGCAUUCUCUGGUUGCAGUGACAUCAACGGACUGUAUAUCCUCGAUCAUUAUAAAAAUCUGACAAUUUCUGCAUUUGCUUUUCGUGGCCUGUCCAACGUUAAAUUGCUGUACUUUGAUGGAAUGGAGUCACUGCUACUUGAGAAGGACAGCCUCGCUGGGAUGAACAUCACGCAUAUACGUUUCUACAGAUCAAACAUAACAAAAUUUGACCGAAACGCUAUCGACACUUGUAGGACUCUGCCUGGUUUUACCUCCCUUACUAUGGAGAGCGCACCUAUACCUUGUGAUUGUUCCGCUGCGGGAUUGGCUAACUUUUGUCGAGUUAAGAAUAUUAGUUGCCACAUCUCUUGUCGUGACGGAGUAACCAGCCGCAGUGUGGAGGGGUUGGGUACGGUGGCAGAAUGGAAUGAGGCUACCGGUACCCCUGCUUUACCCAAAUGUACGGCAACCAGUGUUCUUACUUGUCCCGGGCUUACUUGUCCCGGGCUUACUUGUGGAGCAAGUGAAGAGAAUACAUGUAUUUCGCAAUUGUUUUUGGCUACGUGUAUGGUCCUAGUUAUGUUGGCACUUCCGUGAUCGCUCAGCUGAAAGAGGACUUAGCUCUUCCUUACGCCAGACAGCAAAAGAACCACGCAGAUUGGUCGAAAAAAUCUCAAAAUGGCAAGCAUGUCUGAUCUACUCCUUCUGUCCUGCCAUAGUGAGUCGAUCUGUUACCAUGCACACAUAUCCGACAAGUGAAGGAGAAUGGUGAAUGGGGAAACUACCUUACCAGAUGGCAACUGCGGAAUGACCGUGACGAUGAUGAUUCAACGUUAUAGAUUCAGACUGUCUUCGGCAACGGCCGUGUGUCCACAGAGGUCAGCUUUACCGACGCGAAUGACGUGUGAGCUUUGUAUUACAGCAAAAUAACAAAUAUUUAUCACCCGGUGGAGUAAUGCUUUGUUUACAGAUAUAAGAAAUAUACAUACCACAUACGCUGUUUUUUUCUGAGCACAAAAUAUUCCAAGGAUACCGGUUAUUAUGAACUGAAAGAAGAAAACGCAGAAAAUUAGUCUGACAAAAAAAAAUUGA